AUAAGAAUCCGCCCCUUACAGAAACGUCCCAUGACGUAAGUGAAGCUCAUUGCGGAAGUGACCGAGACGACAGGAGACAGACAGAAACAAACAAGUUGGUGCGGACGAUUCACGGACUCUUACCGACAGAACACCACCAUCAUGCUGGGAGGAGGAUUCAAAGCAGAGAGGCUGAGAGUGAACCUCCGGCUGGUCAUCAACCGACUCAAACUCCUUGAGAAAAAGAAGACUGAGCUCGCUCAAAAGGCAAGGAAGGAGAUCGCCGAUUACCUGUCAUCAGGAAAAGAUGAGCGGGCUCGGAUCCGCGUGGAGCACAUCAUCAGAGAGGACUACCUGGUGGAAGCCAUGGAGAUCCUGGAACUGUACUGCGACCUGCUGCUGGCUCGCUUUGGCCUCAUUCAAUCAAUGAAGGAACUGGAUCCAGGCUUGCAGGAAGCAGUGUCCACACUCAUCUGGGCAGCGCCUCGUCUUCAAGCAGAAGUGUCUGAACUAAAAAUUGUGGCUGAACAGCUAUGUGCAAAAUAUAGCAAGGAGUACGGCAAGCUGUGCAGGACAAACCAGAUUGGCACAGUCAAUGACAGGCUGAUGCACAAACUGAACGUAGAGGCCCCUCCCAAGAUCUUGGUAGAGCGCUACCUGAUUGAGAUCGCCAAGAACUAUAAUGUGCCGUACGAACCUGACGCCAUGGUCCGGCCUGAGGUGGCUCCUGGCGAGGAGGCAGACCUGAUUGACGUGGACAAUGACAAGAAGUUUGGAGGUGGAGGUGGAAGUGGAGGAGGAGGAGGAGGAGGUGGUGGAGGAGGAGGAGGAGGAGGAGGUUUCGCUAUGCCUUAUGCUGGUGCUAUGCCUAUGGGCAUGCCGAUGCCUAUGCCAAUGCCAACAGCUUUCAACUAUCCAUCUCCCAAAGGAGCCGAACCGUUUAAUGCUCCAGUUGGAACCUAUGACAACUUCCAGCACCACAUGGGAGGAGGGCAGCCCCCUCAGCUGCCCAAUUUCCCCCCCACAUACGAGUCCAUUGAUGACCUAACUGAUAAGCCUUUUGUUCCUUCCCAGGCUGUAGGUCCUGGACCGUCAUCUAACUUUUUUGACAACAACGCUCUCCCAGAACUCCCCUCUGUUCCAGACACACUCCCCUCAUCGUCCUUUGGGGGCAACGCCACCAACUCAGAUGACAUCGACUUUGAUGAUUUAACACGACGGUUUGAGGAGCUGAAGAAGAAGACUUAAUUGCUAUAUCCCUGGUCAACACAAACACACAAAAAAAACACACACACACACACACAUACACACAGACAGUUCUGUGUCUCCACCUGGAACAGGCAAUUUGAAAAAAGGCUAUGUAUUCUAUUUGCAUAGUUCUCCCCUUACAUGGCGAAUUAAUCUCAUACAGAUAUUAAACAUACAUGUAUUCUUACCUCAUUUAUAUAAAUAUGACCCGCUCCCCGAGGGUGUGGUUGCUGAUUCAACCUCGUCACUUAUCAGAAAUCUAAUUUCUGUUCACAGCUCUAACGAGGAAUAUAUGCUUUAAUAUCUUUAAACGUAUGACACAUAAUAAGAAUUCUUACCACCAUGUUGGUGUUGACCCCUUUUUUUAUUUUAAGAUCACACUAACUUUUAUAUUUUCCCCAUUUGUCUGUGUGAUUUGCUGUGUGAUCAUACCUAGAUUUUAAUCGUAACUUUUCCCAGGGUUUUGGUUCUGACUAAUAAUUUCCAGCACAGGCUUUGAUUUUACUUUGCACAUGCUGUGUCCCUGUGAUCUCUGCCACUGUGUCUCUCACUUCUGGCUCAGACUCGUCAAACAAGCCCGACUGGCCAUCCCAGUUUGGAGGGUAGCUGGCAUUCACACCCACAAAGUUUACAGAUAGGAAAUGACAUCAAGACAGAUGGAAGCCAUAUUUUCAUUGUCUUGCUCAGUCGUGCAGUUUUGUCGUGUGGGGAAAUACAUUUUUUGUUUUUUUUACACACUCCUUUCUCGCCGCACUUCUAAAACUUCAUGGCUUAUUUAUGCCAGAGAAAAAACAAGGGUGGGCCUUCCCGGAAAAACUGAUGGUGACUCAUAUCAAAGCUUUUCUGUUGAUCUGUUACAUGGGUGAUGGGGCACAGAUGUAAAGUUUUAAAACAGUGUAUGGAAAUCUGUAAUAAUAAUUCAAAAUCAUAUAGAUAGACCUAUUAACAUGGAUAAUUUAACUGUACAGCGAAAAAGUAUCUCAAUGAUGUUUAUAAGCCCUUUUGAAUGUCGCUUUCAAUAAACCUCCACCUGCACUUUCUUAAUUUGUAAGUAAUUAAUGCACAGGGGAAAUGUGCGCAGACAACAGCAGUCACACAGCAACCUGAUUGAUAAGAUGCAAAUAUUGACCCCAGACUAAUGGUCUGUGUCGUCCUCUGUGAUCGUCUGUGCAAGUCUUAUACUUUAUGUGCACCACUGCAUCUGCCUUAGUGACCACCUCUAAUCAAGAGGCCUUGUCAGUUUGUACUGAGUUUAUCCAUCAAGACUGGAUGAGGUACCUGCAUUGAGUCGCAGUCGUUAAGAUUAUACUUUACUUUACCCGUCAACAAUUCUGUAAAAUCUGUCGAGUUGAACUUUGCAUAUUGGAUGGAAAAAGAAAAAAAGACGUCUUUACUGGAAACAGAGGUUUGUGUUUCCUUCGGUGAAGCAGGACUGAGACCGUUUUUGUUUUUUGUGCAAACAUGAUUUGUUGUUGCUGCAACCUGACCACACUUAUCCCUGCUCGCAUGGAAAAUGAAUGGUGGCCUUGAAUAAAAUGAUUCACUGAUCUCUGGAAAGCGCAUUGAAGAGCGUUCCAGCCGGGUGAUAGAUAGAGGGUUGUGUAUAGAUGUUACUCUUGGUGGAGAUAGUAGAGAGAUUCAUAACACUACAGAACUGUGAUCUGCUCAUGUGUCUUUUCUACAAUGGACUGUUUUUUCAUGCUAAAAACCUUGACACACAAAUUGUGUACUGUUGCAAAAAAAAACAGACUUUUUUUUCCACUGUAUAGUAUGAUACCAAUUUAAUAAAAGAUUAUUUGGAACUGGAAA